AUGACGACUCCAACUCUUUCCUUUGGUAUUGAACUGGAGUUAUACCUCAAACCAACAUCCGAACCACUAUUACAGCUCCUGGGAUCCUCUGGGUUCUACACGAAGAAUAUAGACCAAACCCAGAAAUUCGAAGCUGUUCGCAAAGUUAUUGCUGCUAUGCUGACGAAAAAUUUUAUCCCAGCACAAACAGAUAAGACCCAUGACUUCCGAAAAUGGAUCGUGGCUUCUGAGAUACUCGAUAAGAUCGGAGGGGGACAUUGCCCCUGUGAGAUUGUUUCUCCUAUCCUUUAUACCGAUCAAGCAGACUGGACCGAAGAAGUCGACGGUGUUUUCCGCGUGUUACGCGAACACUGCGAUAUAAAGCUCACCACCGGAUGCGCCAUGCACGUUCAUAUCGCUCCCACCCACGGCAAAUAUAGCAUCGAACAGGCGUUAGCCGUUCUCAACGGAGCCCUCUAUUACGAAGCCCCCCUAAAAGGAAUGAUGCCGGCUGAUCGCAAGAAGAACCCAUGGGCUGCUUCUAAUGUAGAAAAGCUAACUGACUGUUCGUCUAUGGUUAAUCUGGUGUCUAAGAAUACGUGGGCACCUGUCUUCGAUCAUUACGAAGUAAACAAGGACAUUUUUCACCUUCGAGCAGUCUUGGGCGAAGCUGAACGGUAUGUAUCCUGGAACUUUUUAAAUAUAACUGAUAUUUGUGGUACCAUUGAGUUUCGUCGUCCCCCUGCCGUGAAGGCUUCCGAAGAUGCCAAACAUUGGGCUGCUUUCGCCCUGGGAUUCGUAGCCGGCGCAAUUACAGUGGAGAAUCGGAAGGAAAUUGAUAAGACAGAUGAUGGAAGAGAAGAAUAA